GUGUCGACACCUCCCGUUCGCACCAGCCACCGCACCAAUUCCGAUUCUUCAUCUGUCCACUCUUUUCCUUUCCACUGGCCAGUAAGAAUUGCCAACAGAGGUCAAGUUUCUUCCCUUCUUUCGUAUAAAAAAAUGUGUAGAAAAUCACAUUCCAUUCCAUGCACACUCAUGUCCACGUCCCCUUUGGCAACCCUGCCUUUAUCCCUUCCUUUCUUCUUCUUCUUCUCCUCGUCCUCCUUCUCUCUCCCUCUGUUUCUGUCUCUCUGUUUCUCUCUUUCUUUUCCCUCUUUGUAUAUGCCAUGACCAGUGUCUCUCCCUCCUUGAACAUGAAGAAAAAGGUGACUCCACUUCCCAUCUCGUGGCCCUUCAACUCCCACCUCAUCCACCCCCUCCUCCUCUACCUGUAGAUCACAAGCUGCUCUCAUCUUCUUGAUUCUGUCACUUUCUCUGUUUCUCCCCCCCUUUCUGAAAAGCAAGAACGAUUGCGAAGUCUUUUUUAUGGGGGCUGGAAUAUCUGGAAUUGCAAGUGACGGAGGCACGGAGUGUGUUUCUCCUCAGGGGAGGACUGGGCUUGGGGACGUGCCAGAGAGCUGCAUCUCCCUGAUCCUUGCUUCCUUGGACCCUCCCGAGAUCUGCAAGCUGGCACGCGUGAGCCGUGCCUUCCACGGUGCUUCGUUGGCCGAUUUCGUGUGGGAAUCGAAGCUGCCCUCCAAUUACAGGUUCCUGGUUCGCCGGGUUCUUGGCGAAAAUCCCGACGACUUGUCGAAGAAAGAGGUCUAUUCCAGGCUCUGUCAGGCCAGUUGCUUUGAUGGUGGCACCAAGGAAUUUUGGUUGGAUAAGAUAAGCGGGGACAUAUGUUUGUGUGUUUCUGCGAAGGCAUUGAAGAUCACUGGGAUUGAUGAUCGAAGAUACUGGAAUCAUAUUGCAACUGAUGAAUCUAGGUUCAACACAGUGGCGUAUCUGCAACAAAUAUGGUGGGUAGAAUUGGUGGGAGAGAUAGAGUUCCAAUUCAUACCGGGACAAUACUCCCUCUUCUUCAGGCUUCAGCUAGGAAAAUCCUCCCGGAGAUUCGGGAGGAGGGUCUCUAAUCUGGAUCAAGUCCACGGCUGGGACAUCAAGCCCGCCCGGUUUCAGCUGUCGACGUCGAAUGGCCACCGCGCGACGUCUGAGUGCUACUUGUGUGAUCCGGGCAAUUGGGUCCACUACCACGUUGGCGAUUUCUACGUCGACAAUCCGAACACGCCCAUUGGGAUCAAGUUCUCAAUGGUCCAGAUCGAUUGCACCCACACCAAGGGCGGUCUCUGUGUGGACUCGGUGCUAAUAUGCCCAACUAGAUUCAAAAAGAGAUUGAAACUACCUUAAAGUUAGAUCGAUAUUACAGUUUCUGCAUGUAGUUGUAGGAGAUGAGGCCUUAUUUUUUUCUGUUUUUCUCAGAGAUAGGCCUUUGGGUUAGUGGAGAUAUCUUCCUCGCGCUUUUUCAAGAGAGAGUCGUUCCAAUAUCUCGUUGUAAAUAGUCAUUAGAGAAAAGGUUUUUUAGGCUUGUUGUCUAAUAUGUUAUCAUUUC